UCCCUGUGAUGCUGCUGCUGCUGCUGCUGCUGCUGCUGCUCCGCCACCUUCACGUUUCCUCCUGGUGCUGCUGGUGCAGAAGCAACAGCAGAAAUGGAAACAUGAGUAUGAGCAGCAGCGGCGCCACCACCACCACCACCACCACCACCACCACCACCACCACCACCACCACCACCACCACCACCACCACCAGCAGUAGCAUCAACGCCAAGCAUGCUCCAGGAAACUAACGCCCCUGCUGGAAUCACCCCCCCU